CGCCGCUUAAUUGCGCUUAUCUUGAUUGUCAAGCUUAUCCAGCUGGCAGAGUCGCUGUAUGAGCAGCUGUUUUUGUCGAAAACGAAUGGAAUGGAGAGGCACACGAUCAACAACACACCUCUGGGCCGGGUCUGGAUGCUUGUUGCAGGCACGGCGGCAGGGGAACUAACCAGAUGGUGCGUUAUACCGGAGUCCAUGAUUUAUGUAGUUAGUUGUAUGCAUUGUUGUAACAAUGAUACCAUGGCCAGCGAUGAUUUGACCCAGGGUAUAAUUUAUUCUUGA